GUGAAGUGAUGGAUUUACAAUCAUGGCUUUCUACAAGAUGAUCCGUGUGGCGACUGUACUGCUGAUCCUCCUGUUGCCAGAGUCUGAGUCACAACUAGAUGUUUGUGGUCAGCCAAGUCUCAACACCAGGAUUGUUGGAGGAGAGGUGGCCCCUCCAGGCAGCUGGCCCUGGCAGGUCAGCCUGCACACCAUUGGAGGGAUUCACUUCUGUGGAGGAUCCCUCAUUAACAACCAGUGGGUGGUGACUGCUGCUCACUGCUUCUCAAGCACUCCAGCGAGCAGUGUGCAGUUGUUUCUGGGCCGUCAGAGUCAAGAGGGAUCCAACCCCAAUGAGGUUUCUCGGACAGUAACGCAGAUCAUCACCCAUCCCAACUACGACUCCUCAAAUCUCAACAACGACAUCGCCCUCCUGAAGCUCUCCUCACCCAUAACUUUCACCCGCUACAUUGCGCCCGUCUGCCUGGCAGCAUCAGACAGCACCUUCCACGCUGGCAUUGACACCUGGGUCACCGGCUGGGGCAACAUUGGAUCUGGAGUGAGCCUUCCUUCUCCACAAAACCUGAUGGAGGUGGAGGUGCCAGUUGUGGGAAACAGACAGUGUAACUGUAACUACGGAGUGGGCCGGAUCACUGAGAACAUGUUGUGUGCCGGGUUACGUGAAGGAGGGAAGGACUCUUGUCAGGGGGACUCAGGAGGUCCACUGGUGAUAAAGCAGGGCAGCAGAUGGAUUCUUAGCGGUAUCGUCAGUUUUGGAAAUGGUUGUGCCUUGGCAAACUUUCCAGGAGUUUACACCAGAGUGUCCAGGUAUCAGACCUGGAUUAAUGAACAGAUCACCAGCAACCAGCCAGGCUUCAUCACCUUCACGCCCACAGGGACUGACAGCGACCUUAAUGUCACCUGUGAUGGCCUGCCACAAAUUACAACUACCAAAUCUACAAACACUGACUUUACAACCAUCACCUCCCCUCCAACCACCACAUCCAAACCGGUGGUCUGUGGACAAGCCCCGAGGAAUUCUCGUAUUUUGGGGGGGAAUUCAGUGGCGACAGCAGGGGUAUGGCCGUGGAUGGCGAGUCUGCAGAAGAAUGGAAGUCACGUGUGUGGUGGGACUCUGGUGGCCGUGGACUCUGUCAUGAGCGACGCCAAAUGCUUCUCAAGCCUCCCUGUCGCGUCUGACUGGACUGUCGUGCUGGGUCGUCUGAAUCAGAAUGGAUCCAACCCAUUUGAGGUGAGGCUGAAUGUGACAAAUAUCACUCUGAGCAGCCUGAAUGGAUCCAACAUCGCAGUGCUGAAGCUGUCGGGCCAACCCACCCUGUCCGACUACAUCCAGCCCAUCUGCCUUGACACUGGGCGAACCUUUGCCGUUGGCACAGCAUGCUGGGCUGCUGGCUGGAACUCUGGGCGAGGAGGAGAGGAGGAAGCCCUGCAGGAGUUGCAGACCUCAGUGGUGGACUGUGGGAAUGCAUCAUCGAGUGACAACAUUUGUACAGGGACUUUCACACUGGAACAGGGUGACUCUGGCGGCCCGCUGAUGUGCAAACAGGACGGCUCCUGGUUCCAAGCGGCCGUGCUGUCUGUUGAAAGCAACCCCACAGAAGACAACUCCACCCAAACUAAUUCUACCAGAAGGAGACGGCCCAAAGUCUACAUACAGGUCUUCACCAGAGUGGGCAUACAGGUCUUCACCAGAGUGAGCACCUUCCAGUCCUUCCUAGCUCAGAACUUGGGCACGCUGCUGUCUCCAGCCUCCACCAACAGCUCCACCACGACCGCCCCAGCCACCACUGUUUCUGGAGGCGCUCCUGGUCACUCUUCUUCUUUCUUCUUCUUCUUCUUCUUCUUCCAAUUCCUCUUCCUAGCCCCGGGUCUUCACCUCUUCUCAUAGAGAAGUUCACCUGAUUUACAUGAUGUUAGAAGCACAAAUGAAUGUAGGCAGCCUUGAAUUUGAGAAAUGUUACAGACUUUAAACUGCAUCAAAUGACCGCUGACUUGAUUCUGAGCCUAUCUGUUGACCAACAGGAGCUGAGUAGUGAAGUGGCCGGGGUUACACCAGACAUUUAGGUCUCCAUCAGUAAUAGUUUUGUUUGUUUCCUCCUUGGUUGCUUUUUUAAUAUCAGAUGUGAUCUUCUCCUGGUGGAAUUAACAGCACAAACAUAGAGGCGCUGAGCCUACAGAAAGAUUGACUACAAAUCCCCAAUGGUUUUUAGAUAAAUUUUUUUGGCUACCUGAUUGUGAAAGUAAAAUAGUCAGUUUCAAUGUGCUACACAGUUCUGACUUCUGUCCCCGGAUGCUCCUGUGUAAUUUAGUGCCCAUGUCCUAUUUGAAGAAACAUUUCUGGUUUAAAAAUUAAUCAAACAAUCACAAAAACACACAAUUGAGUGGCAUAGGAAUUCUAAAAGACCAGAAGAGAUGCAAACCAAUGACAAACACUGUAAAGGUGCUCAAAAGGAUCAAUGUAGCUGUGCCUUGGUUUCAUUGUAAACAUGCACACUUCCAGAAACUACACAAUGUUACCUUUCAAAUUAAGUGUCACACAACACGGUUCUUCUGUUAGAAGCUUUUACACUUGCCAGAUAAGCAAAAAAAAUUAUUAAAAGGAUGUAGAUGCACUCAAAACCUGAUCAGAAUUAGUGUUGGUAUGUAUUUUAAACCCUUAAAGGCAAAUUGAAAAUAAAAUUCUACUUUUUCAGUGUUUUCCUAAGUGAGCAUAAAUAACAGCCACAAAAAUUGGCUAUAAGAGUUGUAAUUGUCGCUGAGAAAUUCAGAUUCACCCUAUGAAUCGGGCCUCUCCAGGAGACACUUCUGCAAUGAGGAAACUUAUUUUAUUGACUUAAAAAGAGACUUUAAAAUUAGAUUUUUUUUUACUUUGACUUCCUGCUCACUUCACUACUGCUCUCCUGUAAUGUGGUCACCAGCUUUUUAAGCUUUGGACUUUAUUUUGAAGGGUGUAAAAACGUAGGUGUUAAUGAAGAACUGUGAAAGCUGCACUGAACAGAUGUGUGUGAAUGUAGCUGAGCAAUUCAGCAUUUUUGAAGUUCCGUAGAUCACAUCUGUAAUACUACAGUUUUUUAUAUCAGUCAAUUAAAGUGUGAAAUCUUUGUAUACCAUGUAAUUGUUAUUGUGGAAUCUGCUGAAAGUCUUGGAAAUAUUAUUUACCUCAUAUAAUCAGAUAGCUAAUGUUGCACUAUGUACAUACCUGUCUGAAAAGAACAUGCACUUAAUGUUUGCUGAAAAAUUCGUAAUGAUGAUUAUUUGCUGUAAAGGAUAAUUGUCUAGGCACAGGUUUCCUGUGAAAAUUGUAAACUUUUUAAUACUUAAUUUCCUGCAUUCUGGUGAAUUUGUAUGCAUCAAAUCACAUCCAUUUAUGUUAGGAUGUUCUUUAUUUGUGUGAAACAUACGUUUUUUUUCUGUAUUGUAAAGUUGCAGUUACUUUAUGUUCUGAAAACUUGAGAUACAAUUUAAAGUUUGCAUGAAAGCUACAAGAGUCUGCAACUUGUGUUGAAAAAAGAAUCAACAACAUACAGAAAUCUGUUAAACACGUCGACAUGUCAUAAAUGCCCAUUAAAUAUUACCUCUCUGGACAAAA